CAACCGCAAGYACYGCCACAACCACUAGAGCAAGAACAACAAUCACCACCACCAUCGACUCUACAAGAAAAAMCACGAGACAAACAAUGAGCGAACGCGACAUCGGAGCAGGAUACCACGGUCGAAAAAGCUCAAGUGGCCGUGGUCGUGGCCGGGGGCGAGGCGGAGGUAGAGGUAGAGGCUCCGGCUCGAGAACCAGAGGAGCAGCCAACGAAAUUGCUGCUUCAACAAAUGCAGCCAAGGGAGCAAAUGCGGAAGAUCUCCAUCCCAAUGACAAAUCGAUCAAGGACGCACCGAUCAGGAAUCAUCGUUUUCAACCGAAGAAAGGUCGGGGAACAUGGGGCGAAACAAGCAAUCGCAAUCACAACAAAAAGAACAACCACACACGAAACAACAGCUACAACAACCAACACAAGAAAGCCUACGACAAGGGGGGGAAACGGGGGCAGCUACCAUUGAAGGUAUACURCACCGGUGACGGAGAAGAGGACCGAGCCAACGGUUUUGCGGGGAUGCAUCGCGAUUGCAAGGCGCUGCGGUACAAGGUCCACAAACCCAUGUGCGACUGCCCCAAGCUCCUGCGCAUGGUCCGGCAGAGCGAGGCCACCAUAGAGGGAACCACGAUAACGGAGGACGGGAAGAUCGACGCCCUCGUAGUCGUUCCGGAUACGAAGCAGCGGUAUCUCUACGUCUGUUCCGAUACUAGCCUGGACCGAUUCGAAGAGGAUCCAAGGGGGGCCGAGCGAAAGCUCCGGGCCGAAAUAUUUGGCGGUUCGGAGGGAGGAACGACGCCUGUCGACGAGAGCUCGUUCAAGCUCAGCUGCGCGGGGUGCCUGCUCUUCGGCCACGAGCCCAACGGRUUCUGCCUGGUCGCCUCCCCGUCCUUCGAAGCGAUCGAUGCGGUCCGCGAGGAAAGCCUCCGGUCGAAGAACCGGCGGGCCGACGGGCCGCUCCAUCACGACCACGCCCACUUUGUUGCAGGCCUCCCCCGAUCGUCCCUCUGGGAUCUGCACAGGGCGAAAACCCGCGCCCAAAACGCGGGGGCCGUCGAAACCAUCCUCUGCCACCUGUCGGGCCAGGGCGUUUCCGCUGGGACGGAGCCGACCGCCGACCGGCUCUCCGGAGGGAUCGAGCUGGGCCACCACUUGACUUCGGCGCUCUCUCUCACCCAGAACGGCACCAAGCWCGGCAGCCACCGCAAGCCGCCCGCGGUUGCACCCGGUGACGUCGGCGAYGAGCCGUCCUGGUGGUUCGUCAUCGGGUACGACGACGGGUCCUCGCUGGAGCUGGACCUCCCGGGCGGCAAGCGGCACCUGGGGGAAACCAGCCUGGAGGGUGCCAUCCGGGAGACCGAGGAAGAAGCGUCCCUGGUGUGGGAUCCCUCCUGGGUGGUGGAAUGUUUGGAAAGCAAGAAAGCAUCGGAACGAGGCAAUCGCUACUACUUGCUCCGUCCGCCGCAAUCGUUUCUGGAGCAGCGCGGCGGCGAUGGGUAACCCACUCCUUUCAAACUGACUGUAGCAAAURGGCAAUCCACACCUUCCAAACUUAGCUAGUUGCGGUAACUACCAUGGCUGUCUUAUUGCAGCCAUCUUAUCCACUCGUUUACCCUCGUGGAUGUAGGAAGCAGAUAGGGCGCCGGAAUUGUUUGCUCUAGAAAUGCGGAGUACAGUGAAAGGCAAAGAACAAUCUUGCUCCUCUUCAGUUUCGUUACUUUUCGGUUUGGUGACAAGCAGCGAUCCGUGCUAGACUGAUUUUCAAACCAUUCGUUUGUGAUGAGAACACAAGCAUUUCCGAAACUCGAUGACUAGAGUGGAUCAAUGUUGGGGGGGAGGGAGAUGACGAGAGGCGAGCAUUUUUUUGUUGCAGCAUAUUAAAUCAGCCCAUUUUGA